CACGCAGCUCGUAUGCUCGGCGGCCCGGGCAGCUAGAGCGUCCUCCUCCUGGGGAGCCGCGUGUGACCUUCCCGCCCGCGGACCGAUGCUGCCGGCGGCCGCUCGCCCCUUUUGGGGGCCGUGUCUCAGACGUCAGGGCGCUGCGCUCCGUCUCGCCAGGCAACAGGUGCCCCGUGUCUGCGCUGUGCGGCUGAUGAGAUGCAGCAGCCCUCGAAUGGGGGAGGCCCUCGCCGGCGCACCCCUGGAUAACGCCCCCAAGGAGUAUCCCCCCAAGAUCCAGCAGCUGGUCCAGGACAUCGCCAGCCUCACGCUCUUGGAGAUCUCAGAUCUCAACGAGCUUCUCAAGAAAACCCUGAAGAUCCAGGAUGUUGGACUCAUGCCAAUGGGUGGCACAGUGCCUGGUGCUGCCCCUGCUGCAGCAGCCCCAGAGGAGGCAGAAGAAGACAUCCCCAGACCGAAAGAGCAGACACAUUUCACCGUCCGCCUGACCGAGGCAAAGCCUGUGGACAAAGUGAGGCUGAUCAAAGAAAUCAAGAACUACAUCCAGGGCAUAAACCUCGUCCAGGCAAAGAAGCUGGUGGAGUCCCUGCCCCAGGAGAUCAAAGCCAAUGUCUCCAAGGCCGAGGCGGAGAAGAUCAAGGCAGCCCUGGAGGCGGUGGGCGGCACCGUGGUUCUAGAAUAGGCCAGCUCUGAGGACUGGUGGACUGGGGUCCCUGGGACCUGACCUGGGGGAGGCCCCCUCCUGCUCCAGCCCUGGCAUCCGGGACCCGUGGUGGGAGCGGCUUCAGGGCAGAGCUCUGGCACUGGCUCUGCCAUCUCUGCUCCGGGACAGACAAGGGACCUGCGGAGACAGGGGGGCAGCUCCUGUGUGAGCACAGGGGAGAGGAACUCUGGAACGUACCAGAGGCAACACGCGCCCCCUGGUGGCCACUGAGAAAAAUACAUUGUUCGGGCGCCGUG